UGAGGAUGUGGUGAACAGCACUGCCCCUCCCAGCACAUCCACAUCCUGGGAUGGAGCAAACCUGGCUUUCUACCAGGAAUCAAUGCCCUGUGUUCCUGUGCACACCUGACCCUGAUUUGCUUUGCCAGAAGGACAAUCUGGGAGAUCUCCCACAAGAAACAUCUUUCAUUUUCUCACUGUUGGCCUUCGUCUGCACUCUUUAAAGAAAAAAAGAAAUCUUAAUGGCUUUCUCCUCUUGCAUUGCCCCUUGAUGGAGAAGUUGGGCCAAAACUAAAUGAAAACACUGGUCACUCAGCUGAGUCCCUUCUCUUCUGGAAUCUGGAGCACAAACUUCAUUUUCACAUGUUCCAGUGACAGCCCCAUGUCUCUGUGAGCCACAGGCAGAGUGCAAACCUGGUCCUUUCCCUGUUUCUUAGAGAGGGAUAUAACAAUUCCCUGUUUUGGGGGAGAGCCUGAUUGGCCUCAGCAGGACCUGUCACCCACACAAUGCCAUCUUUGUCAUGAAGAAAUCUCAACUAAACCACUGGAUGCUGAUGUCCAGACCUGGAAAAAAGUGUUCACCAUUGCUAUGGAUAAAUGGGUGUCUACAUUUUCAUAAUAACUGGCAAAUGAAUCCUCUAGGAAGCUCAAAAAAGUUCCCAAGAGAGAGGAAAGCAUCCAAAUGAGCUAGUAAAACACCAGAGAGGAAAAAUAACAGAGAAGUUUCAUUCCCAAAUCUCUCUGAGUGUGGAAAGUAUAGUCUGACCGGGAUGGUGGCCAUGUGGAAAAUCAAAGAUACCUGAGGAGGUUGGCCUCCAGCCCAAACAAGCAGCAGCUGUGGGCCUCUCACACGGCCAUGCCCAACAGCCAUAGACUGGCCUCAGAUUAUUGAAGCACAAGGCUGUGGAGGCUGCCCUGCUUCAGCCCAGAGCCAAUCCUGGCCCAUGGCAUUGGCACACACACCUGCACAGGUGCCUUUAUAAACACAGCCCUCCAGCUGGGACUUUCCCCUCAGGGCUGCUCUCACCAUGGCUCACUGGCACAUCCUGGUCUUGGCCCUGUGCUCCUACCUUGGGGUAGCCUGGGCUGCCACACUGGGCGUGGUGCACACUGAGGGAGGAUUUGUGGAAGGAGAGAACAAGAAACUGGGACUCCUUGGGAACUAUGUUGACAUCUUCAGAGGGAUCCCCUUUGCUGCUCCUCCAAGAACUCUGGAAGACCCCCAACCUCAUCCUGGCUGGGAUGGUAAGGUCCAACUUCUGAAUGCCUUUGGUUUGGGGCUUUAUUUUCACUUCUCUCUCCUCAAUCUGGCACAUAUGGGAAAUGGUACAACAUAUUACUCAGACUGGUCACAAUGGCUGGGGAGGCUUUGCUGCCAUUGCACUGUACUCAGAGAGGAAAGGAUGGGUGAGCAGACAACUUCCAACCAGAGAAUGGAGCUGAUGCCCUUAACCAGGACUUGCUGUCUUCCCUUUCCCCUCUUAGGAACACUGGAAGCAAAGGAAUUCAAAAAACGCUGCAUGCAGGUGAAGCUGACACAGACUGAUGUCCGUGGGAGUGAGGACUGUCUCUACCUGAACAUCUGGGUCCCUCAAGGGAGAAAACAGGUCUCUACCAAGAUGCCUGUGAUGAUUUAUAUCUACGGCGGUGCCUUCCUGGUUGGAGGCGGCCAGGGAGCCAAUUUCCUGGACAACUACCUGUACGAUGGGGAGGAGAUUGCCGUGCGGGGCAACGUCAUUGUGGUGACCAUCAACUACCGCGUGGGGCCGCUGGGCUUCCUGAGCACCGGGGACGAAAACCUGCCAGGGAACUACGGCCUGAAGGACCAGCACAUGGCCAUUGCCUGGGUGAAGAGGAACAUCAAGGCCUUUGGGGGUGACCCAGACAACAUCACCAUCUUUGGGGAAUCGGCCGGUGCUGCCAGUGUCUCCCUGCAGACGCUGUCCCCAAAGAACAAGGGCCUGUUCAAGAGAGCCAUCAGCCAGAGCGGUGUUGGGCUGUGCAGCUGGGCCAUCCAGAGGGAUCCACUUGUCUGGGCCAAAAAGCUUGGAGAAAAGGUGGGCUGCUCCACAGAUAACACCACUGUCUUGGCCAACUGCCUGCGUAUCUCUGACCCCAAAGCCUUGACCCUGGCCUACCACCUGCAGCUCACCCACCUGCCCAUGCCCCUGGUGCACACCCUUGCCUUUUCUCCAGUUGUGGAUGGGGAUUUCCUCCCAGACAUGCCAGAGAAGCUCUUUGCCAACGCUGCUGACAUCGAUUACCUGGCUGGGGUCAACAACAUGGAUGGGCACAUGUUUGCCGGCGUGGAUGUACCCGCCAUCAACCGCCCGCUGGUGAAGGUCACUGCUGACCAGGUGUACAACUUGAUCAAAGGCCUCACCGUGGACAGGGGCGAGGCUGGAGCCAACGCCACCUACAACAUCUACACGCAGAGCUGGGGUGACAAACCCGAGCAGGAGGUCGUGAAGAAGACAGUGGUGGAUCUGAUCACUGACUACAUCUUCCUGAUUCCCACACAGGUGGCACUGAACCUGCACCUGCAGAAUGCCAAGAGUGGCAAGACCUACAGCUACGUGUUCUCCGAGCCAUCCCGCAUGCCCAUCUACCCUCGCUGGGUUGGGGCAGACCAUGCUGAUGACCUGCAGUACGUGUUUGGGAAGCCCUUUGCCACCCCUCUGGGCUACUGGCCUAAGCACAGGACUCUCUCAAAGGCCAUUAUUGCUUACUGGACCAACUUUGCUAGAACUGGUGAUCCCAACAAUGGCCAUUCAGACGUGCCUGUUUCCUGGCCAGCCUACACCGACAAGAGCAAGUACUACCUGGAUAUCAACCACAAGAUGACCAAGAACUCUGUGAAGCAGGACCUGAGGUCCCGCUUUGUGACCUUCUGGAACUCGGUCUAUCUGAAGCUGCCGCAGGUUGCCAACAUCUCCCAGUCGGAGUUAAUGUUCUGAACCCUUUAAAGAUAGUUCAUUAAAGGCUUGUAACUGAG